AGGUGCUUUCUAUCAGCAGAGAAAUGUGGGCUCGAAAGCUUGUCCCCUAAACGAACGUGUUGUGUAACGUCCACGCUGACUCAGAAUACAGGUGCGUGCUCUUGCUCUGAGAAGGCAGAAGAAGGGGGAGAGCCCAGCCCAGACAAGGUGUGGGGGAGGAAAGGGAGCACCCGGUAGCAAAGGCCACCCUGUGCCGCAGCCUUAGCCGAAACCGCAUCUCUGGGAAAGGGCUCCUUGCUGCCUGUUUGGAUCCCUGAGUCACCACAGACCCCCACCCUCCAACGUGGGAUGUUAACCUCGGCCCAAUAUGGAGAUUAGCUGCAGAGCCGAAGCAGAGUCCCAAAGGAGCUUCGGUUCUACAGAAUCUGUACAGCCUUCUUCACUGUGCACUGACCAGACGUUGGGGCUCGGGAAAUCCGAGCUGAGGACCGGAAUUCCUCAAGGAGUCACUCAGGAGCGAGCCAUGACCAGCCGGAGAGAGUGACACGUCGGUACUCAGGCCCGCCCUCCUCACCAUCCUCACCUUCCCCACCUUCCCCUCACGUGCGCACAGGCAGUUCCCCAGAAGCGAGCCCUGUAGCUCUGCCAAAGACAAGCCUGUUGGGUUCCCGGGAGAGAAAAAAAAAAAAAAGGCAACCACACAAAACCACUUCAGGCAAAGUCAACAGCGUUGAAAUCGUUACCUUGAAGAAACCCAGUGGAGAAGUGUGCAAAGAUGAAUGGCCCGGUGGACGGCUUGUGUGACCACUCUCUAAGUGAAGAAGGAGCCUUCAUGUUCACCUCGGAGUCUGUAGGAGAGGGACACCCGGACAAGAUCUGCGACCAGAUCAGUGAUGCCGUGCUGGAUGCCCAUCUGAGGCAGGACCCCAAUGCCAAGGUGGCCUGUGAGACGGUGUGUAAGACGGGCAUGGUGCUACUCUGCGGAGAGAUCACCUCCACGGCCACAGUGGACUACCAGCGGGUGGUGAGAAGCACCAUCAGGCACAUCGGCUACGACGACUCCGCCAAGGGCUUUGACUUCAAGACCUGCAAUGUGCUGGUAGCUCUGGAGCAGCAGUCCCCGGAUAUUGCCCAGUGUGUACAUUUGGACAGAAACGAAGAAGACGUCGGGGCCGGAGACCAGGGUCUGAUGUUCGGCUAUGCCACCGACGAGACAGAAGAGUGUAUGCCCCUCACUAUUAUCCUCGCCCACAAACUCAAUGCCCGAAUGGCGGAACUCAGACGCUCCGGGGUCCUCCCCUGGCUGAGGCCUGAUUCCAAGACCCAGGUGACAGUUCAGUACAUACAGGACAACGGUGCGGUCAUCCCCGUGCGCAUCCACACCAUCGUCAUCUCCGUGCAGCACAAUGAAGACAUAACGCUGGAAGACAUGCGCCAGGCCCUGAAAGAGCAGGUGAUCGAGGCCGUGGUGCCAGCCAAAUACCUGGACGAAGACACCGUUUACCACCUGCAGCCCAGCGGGCGGUUUGUCAUCGGAGGUCCCCAGGGGGAUGCGGGCGUCACUGGCCGCAAAAUUAUUGUGGACACCUAUGGCGGUUGGGGGGCGCACGGUGGAGGGGCCUUCUCUGGGAAGGACUACACCAAGGUGGACCGCUCGGCAGCUUAUGCUGCCCGCUGGGUGGCCAAGUCCCUGGUGAAAGCGGGACUCUGCCGGAGAGUGCUCGUGCAGGUUUCCUACGCCAUCGGUGUGGCUGAGCCACUGUCCAUUUCCAUCUUCACCUAUGGAACCUCUCAGAAGACAGAGAGAGAGCUGCUAGAUGUGGUCAACAAGAAUUUCGACCUUCGGCCCGGGGUCAUCGUCAGGGACUUGGAUUUGAAGAAGCCCAUCUACCAGAAGACGGCGUGCUAUGGCCAUUUUGGAAGAAACGAGUUCCCAUGGGAAAUUCCCAAGAAGCUCGUGUUUUAGAGCUGGUGGGCGCAGGGCUUGCCUCGCCCUGGAAGCUUCUGGAUUGGCACCUCUUGUCCAGGACCCCAACUCUCAGAUGUCCCAGAACCAGGGCCCUGACCGCUCCCCCCCCCCCCGCCACUGCAUGGAGUGCCUUCCCCACCCACUGCCCCCUCCUGGACCAAGCUGCACCCCUAGGGCUAGCCCUGUGCUGUCGUCACUGUGAAUGGCAGGGGGCUUGCUGGUGCCUGGGGUCAGACCUCCUCAUGGAGGUAGUCACACUGUCCCCCUGCUUUUCCCUCAGACUGAGGCAAUGUUAAUUUAGUGGAAAAACCACCCCUGUGAAGAGUAAAUCCCCCCACGCCUCCCCCAUGGCUGGUCCCCUCCUCCCUCACAGAUCUCAGGGAUCCUGGGUGUGCUGGCUGUGCCCUUCCCAUCUGUGGCCUGUGCCCUGAGCCAAGGGCCUUCAUAGAGGCAUCUCAGGCUAGGCAUCCGGCGGGGACAGGAACAGGGGCUGACACCUGCUGAGCAGCUAUGGUGUUCGAGGGCCCGAGCCAAUUACCGACCUCGUUUCUUCUUCACCGCAACACGGUGAGGUGACACCUCAUUCCCACUUUCCAUAUGGGGAAACUGAGUCGCAGACCGCCUAGGUAACUUUCCCAAGGUCCUACAGCCACAUGUGUCAGGACCCACACAUGAUCCAGGGGCUUUGACUCGGGAGCCCGUACGCAGCCCCCAACCCUGUUCCCAUCUCAUGCCGGACGGAGGCUUGAGCAAUGACCAGCAGCUCUGUGGCCUCUGUCCUGAAGACCUGAGCUUGCUGCUCUCCUCUUGGUGAGCCCUGGGCAGGGAUAUGCGAAGUCAGGACAGAGAAGCAGCUUGUCCCAGCUCAGGUGGCCAGCCCCUUAGAUGGGUCCGGAACCCCAUAGCUUCCAGCCCUUCUCUCUUUGGCCUCUUGGUCUGAAUGCUGUUGGAAUAAGUGUGUUAGCCCCUCAGACGCCCCUUCCGGAGAGGCCACUCGUAAGGGCCGAAUAUCUAAUGUUAAGUAGUGACCCCAGGUGGCGGAGCUGAACUCCUAGCGAUAGACAAGUUGGCUGAGGUGUCAUGAGGAGAUUCUGCCUUUGCCAGGGGGCUCCCGGGGCACAGCCCUCAAGGGGCCUGAGUGGUCCUCGGUGCGCUAAGGUCUUGGAAGCUGUACGUUCACCUGCCUUUCCGUCCCUGGCCAGCCCUGCCUCCCCCACCUGUCAGCCUGGGCCGCUGACAGCAGUGUCUCUGCCUUCUCCCUAGCUGCCCAGACCACAGGAUCAGGUAGGGGCCCCCAAGGGUCCCAUAGAGCACUGAGGCCUGGGCUUUGGUCCAGGAUCCCUGGCGCUGGUUCUGGCUGAACCAGGCAGCCCAAGAACCCUCAUCUGGGGAGCAGACGGCCUGCAUCUGGGCUCCAGGCCUGACGCACAAAGACCCCAAGCUUUUCUCCUUACGUCAGGGAAAAGGCAGCUCUUCAGGGGAGAAAAAGAAGGCCGAUUUACCACAGAGACCUAGAGCUCGUGUCCGCUCCCAGCAAGUCUCAAGCUCCCUCCAGGAGAGGGAGGCACAAGCUUGCAGGCCGUCAAUGCCUCCCACUCAAGCCCUAUUCACAGUGAAAAUUCAGAAUUGCAUGGUUGCCCCUCCCCCCCGGAGAUAAAAUACCUUUUUUUGGACAUUGUUGAUAUGAAACUCGAACCUUUAUGUGUUAAUAGUUCCUGCUGGGACAGUGAAUAAACAACUACUCUGUGCUUGG